AUGUCUCUUCUAACGUUGGAAGCUAAAUUAGAGCGAACGGACAGUUCGACUCCAUGGGGAUUUCGUAUGCAAGGAGGAAAAGAUUUUAGUAGUCCUCUGACAAUUCAGAAAGUUAACCCUGGCAGUCUGGCGGCUAAAUGUGGCCUGCAGACAGGGGAUAUCAUUCUCAAAAUUGGCAACACAGUCACAGAGCAUUUGAGGCACAAGGAUGCUCAGACUUGCAUUUUGGAGAGUGGAAACCGGUUAGAUCUCUUGCUUCAAAGGGGCGGUACUGCAGGGGGUGACAGGUUCAAUGGACCUGAAAUUAACACAAGCAACAACUGGACUGCUCGGCCUCAAGCAGUCUCACCACCUGGCCCUGCAUCUCAGCAGACAUUUAAUACAGCACCUCGACCUUUUGGGAGUCAAGCACCUGCUCGACCCAGCUAUGAAACCAGUCUGUCUCAGCAAACUUCCAAUUUGUCUGUGUCCAGUCAAGCAAAACAGGAGCAACAUUUGCAAAGUGUAGGAGAUAAAUAUGCUGAAAGAGAAGAGUCACCGGAUGCAGGGCAGCACCAAUCUAAGUCUUUCAAAUAUUUGACAAAUCUCAUGGAUGAGGGCAGAGAGCUGAAUACCGCCCUGAAGCCACGUGUAAGUCAAAGUGCUCCAACCACUUCAUCAGCGCCCAAGCCUACCCCUGUCCCUGAAGCACCUCGUGCACCUGUAGCCACACCCAUAGGGCCAGGUAGUAAACCGGGCACAGUGAAGGCCCUAGUGUCACAGCGGUAUAACAAUCCCAUAGGGCUUUACUCCAACGUCAAUGUGAACACCCAGUUGGAGGGUCAGUCUAAGUUUCUUACUGACACUGAUGAGCCGGCCGCAGGUAGUCGCACCCCACCAGAUAUCCCUCCACCACCACCACCUGCAGGUGAGAGUGAAUACGAUGAGCAUGGUAGGAAAAGAUGGGUGCCAUCUGAAACAUUUCUUUUGGUGCAAGAAGAGGUGGGACUUAUACAGAAGGAUGAGGUUCCAGGACCCGCACAUUCUAGGACAUUUAAAAUGCUUCAGCAGCAACUUGACAG